GUUCCAAGUCAACCUCGCCAUGUUGUAGCAAGGGCUCUGAAUUCCAGUGCAAUAUAUCUGAAUUGGAGUGAACCAGCAGAUAAGAAUGGUGUGCUUUUGUAUUAUCAGGUGUGGCUGGAUUUAGUGCUAUAAAUCAUUAACUACAGCUUACAUGUAAAUAUAAAUGUUCACUCUUGGAGGUGGGGCAAAGGGGUAACACCUUCCAACUUUUGAAGUCAAAGGGUUUGAACCAUUUCAACAGCUGGGAAGCAAUGGCAAUUUUCAGCCUCUUCUCUUGUACAGUGUGUCAUUAUGGGUACCAAAAAAUAUAGGAAAAUGCGCACCACUUGCACUUUGAUAAAAGAGUAGAGAUGGAGAAAGGAGAAAAAAGCCCAACAUAUUACAUAUAACAUGCCCACCAAUACUUGAUGUUCCUGUCUACAGAUAAUGUUUUGGUUUUAUUUUGACUUCAUUUAGACAUACAAUAAUAUUUUCCAGGUGGUUCUGAGCUAGUAUAGGUUAGAUAAAUAAUAAUUUUGGCCCAAGCUUUUUGAUAACCCAAGAUUCUAUGGUGUAGGGUUAAAAGCUUUGGGGCCACAUUGUUCUAAGCUGGGUUAAGAUAACCCAGGGUUAGUGUGAAAUCUGAUUACAGAUCUGAAAUUUUUAAAAGAAAUUCAGUUAAAUUCUUUUUGUCUAGAAUUUGAUGAUUUAAUACUCUUAAAAGAAUAGAGAAAUUAUCUGAAAAAGGCUUUUGAGCAAAGGAAUAAAGAAAUCGGGAUUGAAAUUUAACCUUAGGUUAGUGCUAAUUGGCCUUCAAGCAACUGGCUCCUGAUUUUUUGCUUUGUCCCACUCUUUUGAUGAAUGAAUACCAUCUUUCUUUAUCCAGUGACAGAGCGACAUUUACCUUCUUUCCUCAUCUAUGACUUUUGUUUUCUUUAAGGUGAAAUGGGAUUCCUCAGGAAAAACAUUCAUUCGGAAAUUUGGCCUGAAAAAAAGUGUUAUCCUGUCUCCUCUGAAUCCCUUUACACUUUAUGUCAUCAAUGUCAGUGCAUUCACAAGUAAAGGAGAAGGAAAGCGCGUCACUGUCGAGGAACAAACAGAUGAAGGGGGUGAGUAUGGAUUACAGAAACAGGAACCAAGGAGGAGUUUGUGCCAUGAGGGUGUAAAAUGUAUAGAAAAUCAUAUGCAUGGAAGUGCAUUUAGUUACAUAGUAUUUACAAGAUCAAGUGAUAUUUUGAAAGUUUUCAUAAUUGCACAAGCCAUAGGAUUGUGCAUUUUAGAACAUUUACAAAACAUCAAUGACAGUAGACAAUAAAUUACAAACUGCAGGAACAUUUUGUGGGAUUUUUUAUUCAUCAUCAACACCUCUUUGUACAUCCUUGGUGCACAUCAAAGUCACAGUGUACUUUGAACACUUUUCAAUGGGUUGGAAAACAAUUGUAUCUUCUUUGUUGAAUUACUAAUUUAAUAGAAUGAUUGUGACAGACCAAUCAAAUUCAUUGUUUUUGCAAAGUGUUUAGAAUUUAGCUUGGUACACUGAUAUUUAAAAGCUUUGAUACUAAGUAGGUGCCAUAUGGAAAUCCUUUAUUACAUUCUCUAACCUAUUUAUUUAUUUAUUUGUCAUGGAUUACUCGGGAACAAAAUAUUUUUAUGAUUUUUAAAUAGAAUUAAUGAUGAUCUUCCUCAUAAUUUAUUUCCUUUCAUACUUCAUAUUUUCAUACUUCCUCAUAUGUUAAUUUUCCAGUGCCUUCAGCACCCCAGAAUCUCUCUACCAAGACUUUGAACGCAACGGCAAUUCGUGUUUCUUGGAAGGAGCCAAAGAAGCUAAAUGGAAAAAUAAAAUAUAGGCUUUCAUGUGAGAGGACUGGAGAGCCUAGUUCGGUGGCAAAGUUGUUGUAUGAUGGGAAUAAUACACAGUUUAUAGUCUCUGAUCUGAAGCCAUACACACGAUACACUUUCCGUGUGACUGCAUACAAUGUGAAAUACAAUUUGUCAAGCUCACAGGUAUUUACUGAGGAAACUACAGACCAGGCAGGUAAGUAUUAAAAUUGAGAAAAUCUGUUGACAUAUUGUUUUGUUUCGAUCGUUUGUCGCUGUUGUUGUUUUUUACUUUUUGGAAUAGAGCAGUUUUUAGUUGAAUUUCUGAAUCGAUGAAUCAAUCAAUCCUUAAUUGCCACACAUUUUUGAGGUUACAUUAUCAUUAACACUAUACAGUUGUAAAUGUAAUCAUUAUUAUUGUCAUAAGGUAUUAUUGUUAUCAUCAUCAUCAUCGUUAUCAUUUCUCUCAUUGUUAAAACCAUCAUUGGUAUUAGCAUGGUGCACUAACAAACGUUAUAUUAUGUAAGGUGGCGUUUACCUGUACAGUACCAAUUACAGUUUUUUGAAAACGAGGUACUUUUGGACUGAAACACUUUGGCUUUACCUUACUUUAGUUCUCUCCACCAAUCAUAGGCCAAAAUUAAAAUGAUAGAAUUCAGUUACAUGUACUCUCGUUAUUCUGCACCCCAGUCUAGUCGAGUGUUUACGCUGAGUCCUCAUUGGCUCUUGACAUACCUUAUGAAUUGAUAAACCAAGCAAUAGUAGGAAUCAGAUCCCUCUUUAACUCUAGGAUAAUUAUUAAAUAUCAUAAAAAUUUUUGUUUUCAGCUCCUUCGGGUCCCCCACGUGACCUGCAGGCUGUAACCAAGUCUUCAUCGUCCAUCAUUCUUUCAUGGCUUCCUCCAACAGAAGAGGAGCAAAACGGGAAAAUUACUAGUUAUAACAUUCAAAUAACAAGCAUAUCUCUCGGAGAAUCAAGGAAUGUAAGCACAAUGGGUAACGCAACGAGAUUUGCGUUCAGUAAAUUACAACCUUAUACAGUUUAUUGGUUCAAAGUGCAGGCGGUCACAGAAGCAGGGGUUGGUCCUUUUAGUAAUCUUUCUUCAAACACAACUCUGGAAGCAGGUAACGUUUUAUUAUUGACUAUAAUGUAUUAAAAUGUAAUUUUUAUGACCUAAUGUGAAAGUUCGAGUAAAUUUUCGAAUCGUGUCUUUCUGUUACUCAAGGCUGGACACUCCACUCGACUCUUGAAUGAUUUAAGUAUCGAUUAACCAAGAUUCAAGGAAGAACAUCGAUAAUUGAGUAUCAGUGAUCGGGCAUCGAGAUAAAGAAUAUGGCAUAAAGAAACUUGAAAAAGAGGAACCGAUUGUCCUGUUUUGUCGAGCCCAUGACAUCAUACAUACGUUUGUAAUGGUUCCACAAGGAGAAUGUGUAUAACAAUCAAGAGUUUCUUUCGUUUGCGAUUAUUUCCUAUAAAUCAUGACCUCAGUGGUUGACGUAGCGGUGACACUGUAAGAACAAAUUGGAUGCUGGUCACUUCUAGGUGGUUAGUUUAAAAAGGAAGUCGAAUAUUACUCACUCGAAACAAAUGCGAGCAACAUUGCCAAGUGCCAUUGAAUAUUGUUACAGUGUAAUGACGCAUUUCAGCAUAUGAAUAAUAGCGGAAAUAACCUUAGUGUGUUCAAUCGUGAGUAAUUGUGUCAUGAAGGUGUUGAUAUUGGAUGAAUCUGAGUCAUAAGUUUCUCUCAUGUCUGUAAAAGAGGUUGAAAUCAAGUUCAAAUUAAUUUGGGGGUGAUUUGGAGUUGAUUAGAUACACAUCUAUUUAUUGUACUGUCGAAAGAUUCUUGACCUUCGUUUCAUUGGAUACCAGAGCCUUUAGCGAAACUAAUUUUGAAAACCACAAAUUUCAAUUAUGGAACGAGAGCGGAGAACACCAAUACGGUAAUAAAAGAACACACACCCACGCACGCUCGCACGCAAAUACACGCACUUAAGGAGCAUACAUGUAAAGAAUGAUGGGAAAUAUUGACAAUGAUUUCAAACGAACAAUUCGGAAAUUCAAGGGGGAAAAUUCUCAAUCCGUGUCUUAGUCCUUGUUCAAUUGACUUCUUGAUCUGUUUGUAUAGGCUUCCUACUUAUUUUGAUGCAAUUAAAUCAAUUUUAGAACCAUCACCUCCAAGAAAUGUUACAGCAAAGAGCGUGAACUCAACAGCAAUCAGAGUUUCUUGGGUCAAAGCUUUGAAUCCAAAUGGAAAAAUAAAUUACAAGCUUCGUGUUCGUCUCAGUGGAGAGAAUGAAGAGGAAAACCGCCCGGAGUACGAAGGAAAUGACACUACGUAUUUAGUGACUGGCUUACAAGAGUAUGUCAAGUACGCAUUCACAGUUGUAUCGUUCAAUAUUAAGAACAAGUGGGAAAGCAAACCAGUUGUGGCCGUGGAAAGUACUCGUCCUUCGGGUAAGCAAUUAUUUUCCUUGAGAACAUCGGUUCGUUUUAAACAUAUAAUGCGUAAAUAGGGGAUCAUUGUCAGUAUCAGUGUCAGAGCACCCACCCCUCUCCUAUCCAACAACAGUCAGCUGCUAACAAGGUAGGGUUUAAGUUGAGUUAGGGGAGGGGUCGGUGCGUAGUUGUUCAGAUACUGACAUUGAUCCUUAAAAGGUGUGUGGUGUUUAUUUGCUCGUUAUCACUUCUAGCCAUCCUGGUGUAAAACUGGAACCUAAGUUUCCUUGCAAGUUUCCACAAUCCACUUGCGCUUGUUAGUUUUCCACGGAAGUUUCGUAGUCUGGGACUAGAAUGUUUGUAGGAUAGUCAGUCAGCCAGGAAAGUAAACAGAAAUACAGUUAGAAAGUCGGUGUGUCAACUUGGUUCCAGUGUAAGUCUCUUGGUGGGUUGUUCUGACAGCCAGUUCUUCGUUUGCCUCGUGGCUCAGUUAUUAUGUUUAUAUUCCUUAUUUUUCUAGGCUUAGAAGAGGUUUUUUCUCUGUUAGUGAAAACUUCAGUGGGCAGUUCCAUCCGACACCUUCGCGGCCAUGCUGCAGCCACUCGUUUUUUUAAGCGUUUUUCAUGCCUACCUGCUUACCUGUCUGCCUUCCUGUAUGUCUGUCUCGUCCUCUGUUUCUUUCUGUCUGCUACUCGGAGACUGACGGUCUCCGAUGAGCUGUUUAUCAAAUUCAGCACAACUGAAAAUUAAUUCAAUAUGUAUACUUUUAAUUCUGCGAAAUGUACACUGAAAUGUGAUCUCAUUCGUUUGAAACUUUGAUUUAAUCUCAGAACCUUCAGGCCCCCCGCAAAACGUCCAAGCCUGGACACUUUCAUCGACGUCUAUACAAGUCACGUGGGGCCCGCCCCUUCUCGAGGAACAGAAUGGAGUCAUUCUCCGAUAUGAUGUGGACUAUAAAACUCAAUCAGGCCAACCAAACAAGCUCGCUACAGCUGAUAAUCAAACCACUAUACAAGUAAAAAACCUCACCAGUUUCACGAGGUACUGGUUUGCAGUUAGUGCAGUGAAUGUUAUUGGUGUCGGGCCAGCGAGUGAAGAAGUUUCAAACACGACUUUGCAAGACAGUAAGUUGAAGAAACCGAUACUAUAUGAACUCUCUCUGAGAUUCUGUUUUUCAGAGUAGCUUUUGUUCUAAAGCUAAAGGUGUAUCUCGCACCAUAACUAACCAAUGUUAUGUUUAUCUACGCAAGCUUACGUACGAACUAAUCAAAGAACAAGGGAAGAAAUGAAAGACAUGAGCAAGUGAUUGAUUAGAGCAAUUGAACGCACUUCGUCCUUAUUGGGUGUAAUAGGACCAAAACCGAAGGUCAGAACAAAGAAAUAUAUGGCACGAGGCCAUUGAGAAGUCAGACUUAAAAAUGACAAACGGUUUAAAGCGCGGGAAAACGCGACCGACGAGUUGACUCAAGUUUUGUAUCUGAUUGGUGGAGACGGUGGCGUGAGUUUUCUUGACCAAUCACAGGAUAAAGUAAGGCAAAGUUAAGGCCAUUCCGAUUACUUUCGGCACUUUAUCGAAAAUUGCCCAGUGAAAACUAAUUCACUGUAACAAGGCGUUCACCAAAGUCGAAACAUUUCCAUCUGACUUUAAGGCCAGAACACAUACUGUACACCACUAAAAUUUUUUUUAACGUGUAUAUCUUACCCUCCGUAGCGGCAAAUUCGAAGUUGUAAGCAACUCUACGUUUUGAUUUUUCGCAGGACCUUCGCCUCCUGUAAAAGUUAGCGCAAAAACAGUGAACUCCACUGCCAUAAAAGUGACUUGGGAGAAACCACUGCACCCAAACGGCGAAAUCUUCUACAGGUUGUACUACUGGCAGACUCGCGAGGGAGCUGGUACCAAGCUUGUGGCCUACGAAGGGCCUCUAAUGGAAUAUGUCGUGGGCGGGCUCCAUGAGUAUGUGCCAUACACCUUCAUGGUACAGGCGUACAAUAAGAGGUAUUCCUGGAGUAGUGCGGGGACGAAUGCCACAGAGACCACUCAUCCUGCAGGUACCUAGGUUAAAUCUGUAAAGGCUUUUUUUGAUGAUAAAGAGAUUUGAAUCAGCGUUCCUAAAUCAGGGUACGAGGAGCAAAGUUUUAAUCGAGGGUGCCGUUGAUGGAAGUUCCUAUGAGUUAUUGGGGUAAAGUCUCCGAAGAUAUUAAUUUUGCGGCUCCGUCUGCUACGCCGUUCAAACUUUUGCAGUCUGACUUUUAGCUGUUUAAGGAAUAUGAAAUGAAAGGUGAUUUUGUAGUGCAGAUCUUUUUCUAGGUUUAUUUGAAAGAGAAGUAGUGAUCGAAAUCAUCACCAAAAUCUACUUGUCGAAUUUGAAGCGAACGUAGUCCUAUCAUGCAACGCGCUCUGAAAGUGAAAACGUUGCGUGACUAGUGUGGACUCCUCCUUUGGAUCCGCUUCUGCUGACUGUGAUGCAACUCAUUCAUUUAGACAAGCAUGCUAGGUUACCACCAACUUUAUUCCUAACAAGUAACGAAAUGUAUGUGUAUUUUGUUUUUGUCCUGUUUCAAGCGCCCUCUGGCCCACCUCUUAAUGUCGCGGUCUUCGCUGAAUCAUCAACAUCAUUACUUGUGAAGUGGAACCCGCCAACUGAACUGGAACAAAAUGGAGUCAUUACCUAUUAUAUCAUAGGAUAUACGUCUCUUGGCGAGGAGUCAUCUAUCAACACCACUGACAACGCCACACAGAAGCUUAUUCCACAUUUGAGAAAGUUCACCGAGUAUUACGUUACUGUCCAAGCCGUGAAUGACGUUGGUGCGGGUCCGCCAAGUGUAAAUGAUACAAAGAAUACGACUCUUGAGGACUGUAAGUGUGUUGUUUUUCUUUAACGUGGCUAUCAGAACACUAAAAAUUUUAUGUUAGAGGCAGUCUCGCGUUCCCGCGGGUUUUAUGGAUCCGUCCCGCGGAUGCCGGUGGCGAUGCGUGGAGUUUGCACGCCAUUUUGGACCGGCUGGCCAAUUAUGCGUGGUUGCUGGCAACUGUUUCUUCAAAGUGCAACGAAAUUGCUCGAGUGGGAAGAGAUCGCAGGUUCAGAUGCCUUGUGUCGUGCGAUCUUCCCAGUUAUGUUUUUAUUUUAUUAAAUUGCUUUAGUGCAGCAAGCACGAUACCAGGAGACUCUGGCCUCGAAAUGCUCAAUUACUUUCAAUUACACUGGCCUCGAAAUGUACAAUUACUUACAUAGAUAAAUCUCUGUCGUUGUGUGAAAGCCGAAAUCGUCUUCUUUUUCGCUUUCUAUGCCUUUUGUGGUCUACUGAGACUUAACAGGAUAGGUAAAAAAAAUCAAAAAGUAUUCUAUAUGUCACCGGAGACAGAACUUUGUAACUGCAUAUAGCAACGCAGUUCCUAACAACUAUCUUGUGUAGGAGUUGGAAGACUAUCCUUGUUUACUCUGAAUGGCCUCUUUGUCGUUACAGUGCCUGGCGAACCAGCUAUAGAUAAUGUGACCAGUAACACCUACACCUUGGCGUUAACUUGGAAACCACCGAUAGAAAAGAAUGGUAUACUCAUAGCUUUUCGGUUGUGCUGGCGAUACGUAGAAGAGCGAAAUUAUAGUUGCGAAAAUUUAAGUGCUGCUGAAAGCCGGUACGAGAUCAAAAACCUGAGUAAGUGAGAUUCAUUUUUUAGUCUCCGCAUAGCCUUUAGGAUAGUCUACCGUAACAUAGGAGAGACAAAGCGGCUUGUGGAUUAAGUAAUAACAAGUGUAUGUUCGUGGAACAUGUCUUAAAGCCUGGCUAUCUCCAACAACCAAUAUUGCAAAAAUUUUGUGAUUUCGAACUUAAUAUGCGUCACCCACAAAUGACGUUUUUCUACCAACGUUUCUUCUUGUCGUCAUUGGUCGUGUACAUUUAGCUCCUUACCCUCCCCUCUCACCUCGUCUUUUAUCUCACCCCCAAUACACGUACAGAACAAAGCGAGGAUUCUGUAACUAAUUUUAUUAAUGAGUUUUUUUGGUGGGGUAUCGAUGUUCACUUUUGUGUUAAGAUUAUACAUGGCUUGGAAUUUAUUGCUGUGUAGUUCAAUUAAUGUCGUCUUUGUUUUCACAGAGGCUUAUUCUCUAUAUAAUAUAUCCUUGGAGGCCCAAACAUCUGUUGGAUUCGGGCCGGCUGCCACCAAUACCUACAGGACGAGCGAAGGAGGUACAAAUGAAAUUGACAGUUUCAAUUAGUUUCAUCUGGAUGUUUAGGACAAUGUAGACUUUGUACGGUUCUGCUCUUGCACGCUGUGAAACCCUGCCCCACCAUUUUAGCCAACCCAGGGGCAAGUCGAAAGCAAUAGCGACUUAUACCUCAUUCACACCAGCAAAACAUGUUUAGUUAAACUGAAUUUUGCAAAAGGUUCAAGUGACAUCAACUUGUAUUUCCAUUGUGCUAAAUUUGAAGUCGACAAACAUCACUUUAAGUUGCUUCUGUGAAGACAAAAUAUCAAAAGCGUGUUUAACAAAACAGCUUUAAAACAUGUUAAAGCUUUGGUGUGAAUGGGCUGUUAGACUCAUAAGUUUCCCUGUGCUGUCCACUGAUCAGGUAUACCUGCCUUAUGUUCUACUUAGGUCGUUCGGCGACCACUUUUUUGGGCUAUUGAUUAAUGCAAAUAUUUUGGUUUUGGAUAUGGACUGCUUGAAUGAAAUUAUUCCUUAUGAUUGUAUUAAAUUUGAAAAUAGAUAUUAUGAUUAAGGGGCAUUUUAUAUCAUUUACCGGCUGAUCAUUAUUUUUUUUCCUCGCCAGUUCCUUCGAAACCUCUUAGUUUACGUGCUUGGAACACCAGCGAAAAUACAAUAUACGUCACGUGGAAGAGGCCGGCGAGAGUGAAUGGAAUCUUGAAAAGCUACAAGGUAACUAAGAAUAGCUUGAGGCAAUAAUUAAUUAUACUUCUCCCAAGUGGAGGCGAAUAAUGGUAGAUAUUAGGCAAGCUGUGAAGCGGGGAGGUAUUUAUAUACCAGACAGAUACCAAAAAAAUUAGUUCAUUUCUGUCAAUAUGACGAUAAAUGGUCGGAAAUUAAACUCUUGACGCGCGAUUUUGUCUCUUCGGCUGCUCAGAGGUAAACAAUACUUGCUAAUCACUUUCUAACAAGCCAACCAGCGCACGCGAAAAGCAUUAUCCAACGGUGUUGGGUUCAUGCCCCCCCCCCCCCCCAUCUGAUUCUCAAAGGAAUUGUUCUCGGUUGCCUGAGGUUAAUAGCAAGGCUGAGUUCUGUAAAAAGCUGAUUGGUCUGCCGUCUACUAAUUGUUAUUUCCAACCAGUUGAUGCUUUUUGCAAAUAUUUGUUUCAACUUUUCUCUUUGGCUAAAAAAUUUCCAUCUGGAGAGAAGUCAAUUAGGUUACAUUUACUCCUUUGUAUUUUUACGCAAGUGCGAACGAAAUUUAUUGUAGUAGUAGUAUUCUGUUAGGAGUCUUAAUCCACUACUUGUUAUUUUGGAAUCUAGGGAAAGGUAAGAAAAUAAAUCAUAGAGUAUAUUCGUAAAUAAAAAAAAAAUUCAGAUUCGCAUUUUUCCACAGAAGAUCACCUAAAGUUCUGCAGUUUUCACUCCUUUGCUUUUUGUUACUCUAGGUUUUCAAUCGUGCGGCAUCAGACAGUAGUCAACAUUCAACAGAAAAUAUUGCUCUCGGUACAAACUUUACGCUGGUCAAGCUUCAGCCUUACACCUCAUAUAAUGUCACAGUCCAGGCCUUCACGGCCGCUGGUGGAGGAGAGAAAACUGAUGUCCAGGUUAUGACUGACGAGGCAGGUGAGUCUCGGGAAGUUGGUGGAGGGGGAGAGGACUUCCAGGCCAAUUGUGUGGGGAUGGUAUGAUGGAUUUUCUUCCAUGACAACCCAUAGAAAGAUGGAUAGAUUUCUACGCUUUCAAUCUGCUAUACUUUCGUGCAGCUCAACACGGGUAGAUAGAGUACUCCUUUAUAUUUGCAUUCGGUGUAUUGACCUCAGCUAUAUGAAACUCCAAGCCCUUCAAAUAUUAAAGAAAGGAAUUUUUAAAACUCAGAUUCCAAUUAAAUGUCUUUGGACGUGUUUAGGGUAAAUGAAUAAAGAGGGUAAGUGUCCAGAGAAACUGUGGCGCUACGUCGAUGGGAGAAUAUAACAAGGCAAUUUAGUAUUAUCAACUGAGUUGAUAGCGUAGAUUGGCCACCGUUAAGAGUUUUAAGGCUUACAUUUCUCCUCGUCAUUCGCUUUGACGAAAGGCUAACACACGAAACGUCAGCCUUAACACUCUUAACGGUGGCCAAUUUACGUUAUCAACUCAGUUGAUAAUAAUAGAUUACCCGGUCUUCAAGAUAAACUUGUUUCUUUUUAUCGUUCUCUUUGACGUAAUAGCGCCAUCUGAAGUCAGGGAACUAUCAUUUCCAAAGAUUCAAUUCAAUUCCGUUGAAGUGUCUUGGAAGGCUCCUGAGAGGCCGAAUGGGAACAUUGGCUACUACUUGUCUUACUGGGAAUUGUCAGGUGAUUUCUCUCGCGCUACGACGUUGGUCUUACCAGGAAAACCCCCCUCAAAGCUGGUUCCUUAUCUUAAGCCGUUCACGAAUUACACGUUUUCUGUUCAACCGUACAACUUAAGAAAGAACCUGACAGGGCCGUCUACUAAGAGGGACGUGAGAACCAAAGCUACACGUAAGAAUUGUCCUUGUCUACUAUUUUUUUUCGUUUUGAAUGAUUGUUUGUCAGUGUAUUUGUUUGUUAGACUGGAGCUAUAUCGAAUUACGAGUCAGCUUUUUUUAAUAUCGCUAGAACGUUAUUGGUAUUGUCAAGUGACAUUGUUCCAGUGGUAAUUUUGAUUUAAAAUACCAGUAUUCAAGCAACCUGUUUCCACUUCAACGCGAUCAGGAAUUUAAAUUUUAUUGUGUUUGUCGAAGGAUAUAAACCUUAACUUCUGAUAUUACUCGCUGAGCUUUGCUUUCUAAUCAAAUUAUUUUAGGAAGAUGUUUUAACAAUUUGUAUAUUUACUACAACCAGUUAGGCAGCUUUAAUCUGCUUCUCUCGGACGCGCAAGGUUAUGUUACUAAACACAUAUAUGGUGAGAGAGAAUUGCUGAGAAGCGUCCACAACGUUUUCUGCGUUAAAGUAGAAGAGAAUGGUGUUGAACUGUGGAACACGUUUUCGUGCAGCGAGCAGUGAAACAGCCAAUUAUUUCAGUUCUUGUCUGUCUUGAAAUUAAAAGCAAAAGACCGAAAAUGAAAGUAAACUACCUCCCCCCCCCCCCCCAUGAAGAUUUAAUCGUUUCAUGACCGGAACUCGACUUGCGCUGCGAUAAAACUCAUUUGACCGAUCGACCGCCAAACCUGAUGAGUGACAGAAUUACUGAGAAAUCUCUUUUUCCUAGGGCCUGAAGGCCCACCACGGAAAGUAAAGAUUGAGAGCAAAACCUCCACUUCCUUCACGUUAUCUUGGAAUCCACCGCUACAACCGAACGGUUAUAUUGUGGGCUAUAAAAUCAGGUAUUUCAUGUGCAACAGCUCGCAUUUAAAGACUAUUGAAGACACAACGCCACAUUCAACGCAUACCAUCCAAGACCUGCAGCCUUUUCGCUGCUAUGGAAUACAGGUGGCUUGCCAAUCAUCUGGCGGGCUUGGGGAUUACUCUGUUGCAAUCGAAAGUAGAACAGAUCCGGCAGGUAAAAAGGACUCUUUGUAAUAAAGCACCUUGCACGGACGGACGUACCGAUGGACGUACGCACAUGACAUCACAAUAAAAUUCCCUUGCCUUGAUGGCUCACCAAAUUUCCUAGUUAUGGGGCUCCGCUUUAAUGCUGUAUUUUGAUUGGCUUUUGAGCCGACUUUUAUAGCUUGAAAUUUCCAAACAACGUGAUGAAAACUACAACGUGUGUGGUUGUAAACUUUUUUGGCGAAGCCAAAUUCUCUGUUAUAAGUUUUACCAAUGAUGGACCAUUGUAAAAGAAACAUCGUCGCAAUGCCUCAAAGAAGAUUUUUAUUAUACCAUUACAUUACACUAUUUAACGGUAUUGGGGUAAUGCUGUCUCAAAUGACCUUUUUGUUCGAAUAAUCCUAAGCUUUCCUUUCCCCUUCUUUUUUCCUUGCACAAAUUUCUGAGAACAUUUAAAACUUUUUCUCUUAUUGUGUGACAGCGGUCGUUUCAUAUAAUUUUCUUUGAAAAUUUUGCGCGGGAAACUGGCGCAUGGUCGGCCAAAAUUAAUCUCUUUGCGCAUGCCCUACGCUUUACCGCUGUGUUGUAGGCCUUUAUAAUUUGACCAGACUACAUUGCAUUUUUAUUUUAGCUCCUCCUCCGCUGGGAACGCUUCCGCCUCCGGAUGAAGAAGAGAUUGAUGGCACCUCUUUCACAGUGAAGUUAACAAAGGCAUCAAAUAAACUGGGUGUUGUUCAGUAAGUCUUUACUUUCAUGUUCGUUUACUCCGCUGCCUCAUUCUGUUUGUUUGUUUGUCACUCAAGAUGGUUUUAUUUCGGGAUGAUGGUGUUAAGAUGGGGUUUUCACCUUCCCCCCCUCCCUCCUUCCUGAGCCUCCCCUCCUAGAUCUCCCACAGGAGUUAACUAAUCAUUUAGUCUCACAAAUGAUGUUACUUGUCGUUUAAGUAUCACUGACAUUCUUCUCAGCUGAAGGGUGUUAUUUGUCAUAGCUUUUAACUCUUCCAAGUGAAUUAGAAAAAAAAUCAACCGGCUGGAAUGGAGAAUUACUCAUCAAAACAAGCGUGGAUCCUGGAAUUUUUGAAAAUGGUGUCUAAACCUUAAUUCAGAAAACAAAAAAUAUGUAUAUAUUUACACUACGAACUAAAUAAACUACAGAACAUUUCAAGGCAAACGAACAUAAAGCACUCCAUAAUUUGUUUAUACAUGCACUGCUUUCGUUGCGAGAAUUUUCGUUUCAGACAUAUGUUAAAAAUCACAAACGGGUCUGAUGGGAAGGGGGUUUUCACCUUCCCCCCCUCCCUCCUUCCUGAGCCUCCCCCCCCCUAGAUCUCCCACUUUAUAUCUUGGGUGUUAUGCAGUGGUUGUUCCCAUAACGUAGCCGAUACUUUACCGAAAUGUGUUUACGACGUCCUCUCUCUUAAUUUUAGAUAUUACCGUGUGAUCGUGCGAGAGUUUGCAACAAACAACAGAGACCGGCCUGUGCCGGCGGAUAACGAGCCUAAAGAUUAUAGAGAAGAAGAAUUAUAUACUUACGAAGAAGCUAGAGAAAUGAAACCUAAGCUGGUACCUUACGUUGCUGUAGAGUUUCCCGCAGAUAAAUUUGAUUCCUUCAAGAACUUUAAAGUAGGAGAUGGAAAGCGAUACUCCAGGAUACCGGACGAUAUUGUUAGCAAAAAAAAGAGGAAAAAAAGACGAAGAAGAGAAAUCGACGACAGCAUCGAUCAAUUUUACAAUGGUCCUCUGGAAGAAAACACAUUUUAUGCUGUGUUUCAGCGCGCCUAUGUUAAUAAGGUUAGUUAAGCCAUCAUGAACUGCAGUCGGUGACAAUCGACUGCUGUGUUUAGUCUCGAAAUGUCAAUUGAGCAACAUCCAAUCAGAGACUAACACGGAGUGAUUUAGUAUUAUCAACUGAGUUAAUAACAUAAAUUGGCCACCGUAAAAAGUUUUAAAGCUGACGUUUCGAGCGUUAGCCCUUCAUCAGAGCCUUUCGUUGGAGCGUUAGCCCUUCGCUCUGACGAAGGGUGAACGCUCGAAAUGUCAGCUUUCAAACUCUUUACGGUGGCCAAUUUACGUUAUCAACUCAGUUGAAAAUACCAAAUUACCUUGUUAUACUCUCCCACCGACGCAGCACUACAGUUUCUUUAGAAACUAACCCCCGUCAUUCAGAGACUGACACAGCUGUGAGGGCUUCUCAAAGGCAAAGUCGUCAAUUGACUAAGUUUAUUGGAUCAAAUUAAAGAUUUGGAAGGGAUCAUGGUUUUGAACUGAAACAAUAACAGGUCUCUGGUUUUAGUGUUUUGUUUUUUGUUGUUCCAACCGACACUUUUAUCGUUUGCAGGACGUUUUUACUUCAAGUGAAUGGAUGGAUCCAGUCGCAACAGGUAUGUUUCAUAGAGAGCAGUAUUUUUCCGUAAAAGGCUCAGAUCACCCAAUUUUUUCUUUUAGACGACGAGCUGUUGUUUGGAUGGUACUUUCCAUCAAUUUCAGUGCUUCGGAGUCACGCAAAUUGCCAUGAGUAGUGCGCAAUAUGUAACAACAAUCAACGUGAACAGCGGUUACGUUUUGAGUUUAUUAGCGGUUAAAGCGUCGCUAAAGCCUUUUAAUAAUUGCCAAAACAAGAAUCGUUUGAUUUGUCUUCAUGCUAUGAUUUUGGUUAAACGAAACGCUUUGGUGUAGAAAGUGAUUGAAAAAAUAAGAAAAAAACAGAAUAAAAAAUUAAUCAAACAAAUAGACAAAAAAAAAAUUAAAAAGCCAAAUAACUGAAAAAAAAAGACUAACCAGAAAACAAGAAAAGGGAGAAAUCAACUCAUUUCCCUCACAAUCGCCCCUUGAUGUAAUGGACUUUAACAAGGCUGGUAUUUCGGGAGUGUGUCGGUGAACUGGAAAAUUGCAAGUUGAUUGUCGUUAUUUUGCUGCCGAUCUGACGGGCCCAAAGGGUCGUUAUGUCCUUGGUAGCAAAGAUGUCUGUGUGGCAAAAACCGUGGUAUGCAUUUUUACCAAGUUUUUCUGGCCUCUGAUCUGUCUAGUUUUUGAGUGUCGUAUAUCUUUUUUCAGCGGCGGCGAGGAGUCCAAGUGAGGCACCGCCAUCCUCAUCAAACACUGGUCUCAUUGUAGGAAUUGUUUUCAUUCUCCUUAUUGUCCCAGUUGUGUUGGCAGCGGCCUACUUUAUCUGGUGAGUCAUUACAUCACUUUUCCCCAGGCUCACUCCGCACCACGUCCAGUAACUUUCUGAGUGACGUGUUCCACUAAAAACGCCCCCCAAAAAAUUCUGUCUACUCUGUCAAACUGAUAAAAUUGCUAACAUCCACAUUUACAUCAUCAGCGGCAGAAAUCUUUGAAUGCAUUCUUAGACAUGCGCUUGAUACGAGCCUAGGUAUCCGCGAAAAAACGCAGUGACAUCGGCGUUAUUGAAAUAUUCACCGUUCAUGCAAGCAACAAGGCGGUUGUUUUCAAAUCGAUAACGAUAACACAAAGCUGUUGUAUAUAGAAUACUACAGGGGAGUUCCGGUAAAUAUCACUGUGACACAACCAAAUUCCACCUUCCCUUCCCUCCCCCCCUCGGGCGUAACUAAUGACCGGUCCUUUCCCCCCCCCCUCUUGCAUAAGAAUAACACAAAUUACUGAAGAGGUGAUUUAAAUUUUUUCCCUUACUGCUACAAUAAUCAGUGGAAUCAUGAAGGAUGUCAAUAUUGAGUAUACACCUCUGUGUUGCCUAUUGUAGUUGGUAUGGCACUUCUGUAGUCGUUGAGUACGAUCCACGGUCAAUUGAGCCUGUGUCAUGGAUUUUCGCAAUAUCCAACCAGAUCUAAAAGGCUGAUUUGAUAAACGAAUUCAAAUUAAUCAAUUGAAACUGAAAUUAGGGUUUGUGGUUGAUGUGUGAAUACAAUUCUUUCUUUCGAAACGGAAAUGAGAGUACUGUCAAGGAAGGAAAAUGAAACAGGUUAAGGACUCGCUCAAGAAAAAAAAGACGAAGCAAUAGCGAAUAUUUUCGACUAUAAUCCUAUGACAAGAGUUUAAAAGUAUGAUCAACCUUUUAAAACAAUGGUAAGCUACCUCUAUCAGUUUUUAUUGAAGCUGAAAUUUAACAAACCUAUUUACUGGGAGUUUCCGUCUAGGUUCCAAGUGGAAGCUGCUCUUUCUCAAUAUUGAGCUGUAAGAAGUAACGCAAUGCUAUCUUUGAUAUAUUUAUUCAUCAUGUAGUUUAUAGACAUUCAAAAGAAAUAUAAUCCUUGUCGUUUAGAGGAACACGUCUCUUUAAGCUUAGGAGGUAUUCAAGUAUUUGCACGCUGGAUUUUAUAAGCGAAAAACGAACGAAGAGCAAGCGAGGCAUUAAGCAAACGAAAGAAAUUCUACCAGAAUGGACAUUUACGUUGGAGUGCACUCAAAUUGCUAUACAUAACCCACAUUCAUAAACUUUUGCUCUUUUUUUGCUUGACUUUGAUGUGUUUGCAGGCAAAGAGUAAUAAUUGGUCACAAGUUGCAUACUCCACGUGUGGGUAAUUGCCUUCUGAUCUGUUUAAUCUUCGGUUUCUGAUAAUAUGACACCUGAUGCGUUUAAAAAUUAAUCGUAUGUGUCUAUAAUCAAGUGAAGACAUGUCUUGAAUGGUUUUUUAAAUUUUUUUUUAUUAGGAAGAAACGUUUCAAAUCGGGCGGAUCUUUGGAUGACAGAGAUGAUUUCACCAACGGACAUCCGAUGAGAAUGAGAAAGAGCCGUAAACGACGUUCGCUUCAGAAACGCUUAAUGGGAAGCACAGAAUCCCUAAACAGAUUGGACGAACUUGCAGCGAGCAGAGCAAGUAAGAUUAUUUGCAAGUCACUCUUCGUGAUCGGCUAUCGUCAUGAUUUUGCAAACGUUUUUUUUUUUCUUUCCUCUCAUUUUCAUUUUUCCAUUUGAAUUGUUGUCUCGCUUUGUUGUGCUUAAAUAUCGUGCGAUUCCCUUUGCUCCGCGUUUUGUUAGUGCUUUUUUUCUAAGCAACGUGAUAUUUUAGGGAAUACAAGUGUGAGUUUGGCAACCAGGCUGGCUCGGAUCGCGGGACGAAUUUGUCUUCUGUUCACAUAGUUGAUUUCCACCCAAUUAUGUAGCGGAGAGUGCAGCCCGAUAUACUGUUCUCACUAAGAAAUUCAGCGUGCUUACCGAGAUGAAUCAGUGAUGCCUGAUCUUUCAGUUCUCGCUCCUUUAACCGCGUAUGGGCAAUUUUGCAGUCACCACUUAAAUGUUUUUAUUAUAUCCACGUACCUGCUGUGCGUCAGAAAUUACGUGCGACUGAUUUUAAACUUAUCUUACUUUUGUUUAUGAACACCGCCCCUUUUCUGAGCGCACGUACAUUAAGUCCACGUGAGAUUUUCCUUAACUUUUUCUACGCUAUUUGCGUAAUACAGCCUAUCAUAGUUCAAAUGCCGAAGACCUUACGUAAACCAGCCUUUCUGUUAUUUACCAGGGCGUCAUCCUGUUCCAAUUGAUGACUUUGAAAGACACGUGGAGCGAAUGCAUAUGGAUGGUGAUCAUGGCUUCUCUGAGGAAUAUUUGGUACAAGUAGUUCGUUUCAGACUUUGUCUCUGUUUUGCGUUUUCUUCCGGCAAGCGAUUACCAUUUGCUGUUUUGACUCUUCUUAGGGACCAAUCACUUUUUGUCGCCUUUGGGGGAGGGGGCAAAUUUUUUUUUUUUUUGGCAGGGGGGGGAUCAUUUGAUUUUCAGGAAGAAACAGAGCGGCGGGAUCAGUCAUCGCCAACAGAUUAUAAGUGCCGAUGAAGGGGAUCAUAAGAAUAGUACAGACCCAGCCUUCCUCCAGUCCCCCAUUUCCCCACCUCCCCCCCCCCGUAAUAAGUAGUGACCCUAACUGUUCUAACUCUUCUGUUCUACAGCUCGUUCAACCGGAAGAGGAGUUCUCCUUUCAGCACUUUUUGAAUCCUACAAACAAGUUCAAAAACAGAUACGCUAACAUUGUGGCAUGUAGGUUUUUUUUUUAGAUAUUAAUUCCUUUCCUGUUAUUCCUUUCUUCCUUAGUCAUAAUUUAUUGUUCUUGUUUACAAAAGAGAGAAAAGGUGACAAUUUGAGUUUUUUCUAUGCAGACGAUCACACUAGAGUGCUCCUGAACCCGAUUGAUGGUGUGGCGGGGUCUGACUAUAUUAACGCAAGUUUCAUCGAUGUAAGUUUCCAUUAUUUCUUUGUAAGCUAUACAUCAUUAAGAGCGUUUUAUAAUAAAGUAGUGUGAGGAAAGUCAUGUCAAAUAAUGGCAGGGCUGCAAUUUGGAAUAAAUACUUCUAGAUCAUCAGGUUGACCCCCAAAUAACGCCAAACCUUUUUCAAGGCUGGCUUCUCGAGUUAAAAAAAAAAACAAAACAAAACAAGAAACGCUGACUAUUGUGGUGAAGUGCUGGAAAUAGAUAUUCUCUCAACUGGGGAGGUAAUUAGUUAUUUCGUCUGUGGGUAAAAUAUAUUAUUUCUUAUUUGUUUUUUGUUGCUUUUUUUUCAUUUAUUGUCAGGGCUACAACCGACAGCGAGCUUACAUUGCGGCCCAAGGUAUGUUAAUAUUAACAUAAAUAUUAAAAAAUGAUAAUAAAGAAGAUCUGCACUGAAGAUAGCCAGAAGAAAAACUGGAGCAGCAAUAAUAAGGAAAAGGACAUUUGUUUGUUUAUUUUUGUUGGUGUUAUGAUUAUGUUUACGUUUUGUUGUUGCAUUUUUCCUCUAACUGUUUUGAUCAGGUUAGUUAACCGCAGGUUGCUUAUCUUAUCUUACAAUAUUAAUACAAUAUUAAUACAAUAUCAAUACAAUAUCAACCAGAUGAGUGAUGAGAAUAAAAUAAAUAUAAAUUUGGUGAUAAUUAGUUAAUCCAAUACUAAAUUCUCUGAACUAACAUUAUAACAAUUGUAAGGUUGACAGUGAGGAGAAUUUCAAAUUUGAUCUGGGAGUUAAAGAGUUAACAUACUGUACACUUUUUUAACAUUUUUGCUCUAGGUCCGCUUAUGGAAACGUUCGAUGAUUUCUGGCGCAUGAUGUGGGAACAAAUGUGUUCAGUCAUCAUCAUGCUGACAAAAUUAGAGGAGAGGGGAAGGGUAAGUAAAGAUAACAGCAGAAAUGAGAAUGAUAACAACAUAACACUCUGUGCCUCAAUGAUAUCUGUCUAUUUGCUGUAUCACGCAAUGCUGUGUUUUUAUUAUUUAGCGGAAGUGUGACCAGUACUGGCCUGAGCGUGGUACAAGAAAGUACGGUCAAGUUCAAGUGACUUUGAAAGAAACUCUCAACAUGUCCCACUACACUGUGAGAAAAAUGGUGAUGUCUCAUAAACUGGUAAGAGGACAUUUUUCUGAUAACUAUCGGUUUUAACUCGUUAAGCAAAUUUUCCAGGAAACACACGAGAAAAAGUACACUUGCCAUUGAGAGAGGGGGUUCUUUCUUAACAUAACACCAGAUUCAUAUAAUUUAUUUACAAUUAGCGAUGUGAACUUUAAAGAGAAUAUUUGAAUAUUAGAUAUUUAGAUUGUGGAAUGAAGAGUUUAAUAGGGGAUAGAUCAUUGUAGUUUCAUGGGGACAUUAUAGCUUCUUGUGAUAAAAUAAUAUCCUCAUAAUUUAAAAUUUUUCCUUCUGUCCAGUUUCCCGAAGACGAACGUGAAGUGAAACAGUUCCAUUUUACAGCUUGGCCUGACCACGGUGUACCGUCUCACCCCACCCCGCUACUCUCUUUGGUGCGUCACGCUUACGUCAGUAAUCGCGAGUCUGUUGGACCCAUGGUAGUGCAUUGCAGGUAACGUGUUACCGAAAAGCACAAACAUUUUCUUGGGAGGUGUUCACUUUGGAUUAGCAAUUUUGUUGUGUUUUGUGAUGAGGGGUGGAGUGAUUGCGUUUAAAUGUGACUAAAAUGUUUGCGGAGAAGGAAUUUUUGAGAUUUUUUGUGUUCGAGCAGCAGAACUUAAAAUAGAAAAGAACACAUAUUAUUCUCAAUUUUUAUCAUAUCUCACAGUUAGUGCGUGCGUUCUGAUUGGUCAAUUUAGCCGGCCGUAUUUCACUGUACUGAAAUCUCUCCCCUCAAUUUGAAACCAAAGAAAUAUGAGAGAUAUAUGGCUCACGCCGCCUAAAUUGUCCAAGCUACUCAUUUGUGAUCUGUGGUCAUCUUCUUGAACUGCAGUAUUUUCUUCUUAUUUACUUUAUUCCUACCCCUUUGGUCUUCUGUAACCGAGCAAAAUAAUAGUUUGAGGUUUCCUCCAAUUUAAAGGAUUUAAUCCUGUAUAUUUGUACUUUAAGACGAGACAGAGAGAUAAAGGUUCUAUUCUUAAGCUAUGAGUACGUGGCCUUGAUCAAUUUCCCUUCUGUUUUACUCUUACAGUGCGGGUGUUGGUCGUACAGGAACAUUUAUUACCUUGGAUGUCAUGUUACAGAGAAUAAGCCAGGAAGAUAGCAUUGACGUGUUUGGUUUUGUCCGUCAGAUGAGGUUUCAGAGGAACUUCAUGGUGCAAACUGAGGUAAGUGUGAUCCACCUUAAGACUUUUUUUUUCUCUUAUUUUUAUUUGAGUCACCAGUAGAACUGGAAAAUGAAGUUUUACUUGAUUUUACUUCCCAAGCCUAAACACCUUCUUUUACAUUACUUCGCACGAGUUUCAUAUCUGUAUUCAAAACAUCUUAGCCUGCAAAAUGUACAUAGUUUGGUCGAAUUCUCUGUUGCUAUUUCUCUCCUUUUAGGCGCAGUACGUGUUUAUUCACGAUGCCCUCCUAGAAGCCAUUACCUGCGGAGUAACUGAAGUCGAGGCCAAAGACCUUGGUACUCGCAUACGGGAACUUCGACAGGUCGAUCAGGAAACCGGUUACACCUACCUGGAAAACGAGUUUUGCCGGCUGGCUAAAGAAGAAAACCACCCAAUCGCAUUCAAGAGCGCCAGUCUGAAUUGCAAUGCUUCAAAGAAUCGCUACGCAAAUAUUCUUCCUUGUGAGUAACCUUCUUGUCAAUAUCUGCCAAAAUUAGUUUUGUUCAUAAACUUUUCCAUAGAAACCAAGUGUCAUCGGAACCGAUAACUGAGUGUGGGCCGUGUGAACGUUUACAACAAACUGUUCUGAAGCGUUGGGUGGUUUCAAAAGGUGUUUAAGACUUGCCUGCCCUGAUGCAUAUUUUUUCAAGCGCUUUUUUCAGUUCCACUUGUGUAUGUUUUUAGAACUGACAAUAUGAUUGUCGUCUUUUUCAGUCGAAAGCACUCGAGUACAUUUGAAAAUGAGGCCGGGAGAAAUGGGCUCUGACUACAUAAACGCGAAUUACAUUGAUGUAAGUAAUCUAAUGAUAAGUUAGUUUGAUAAUUUGUGGACAGAUGUCAAACUUCACUUAUUGUUAUGGUUUGAUUCGUUUUAAGACAUUGGCGUAUUGUUCGUUAUUUUCUGGGACCUUUUUAUCGAAUGGAUUAAAUCGCGCUCGGCAAGUGUUGAGUUCAGGCGAUAAUUUUUCGGUGGAGCAACUUUUACUAGGAGUGAUAUCCUUAGGUAUUAAUUAGCUAAAGAGAUGUGAAGACAUAUGGUAUGAUUGUAUUUCAGCUUAUUCACUGAUGGUCUCGUCGCUUUACCCAUAGCAGAGUUUUCAAUAAAGGCCAGUUACCAGCAGUUUACUGCGCCUUAAGACCUUUGAACCCUUUCCGCCUUAAUAUCAGUAUGCAUAUUCUCCAUACUGUUUCCUAUACAAUCCUUAAGGUGCUGACGAGGAGAAUUUGUUUCAUAAUCCAGAACUUCUCUAGUUGGUGAUCAUUUCCUUUAUUCUCAUGACCUUAAAGAGUGAUUUGGGGUUGAUAUUGUAAGGAGAAAUUAGAUGCUGGUCACUCUAAAGGGUUAAAGGGUUAACUACCGUCUGUUUAGCCUGCGAGCAGGCUCUUGUGUUGGGGUUUCGCCUCUUACCGGGGGGCCCCUUUACCGGGCCAAGCCGCCUAUUACACCACCGACAGCCACUUAUGGAAACAUUUAUUUAAAUCCCUGCCAUAGGUUUUCAAGACUACCAUUAUCUAGUGUCGCUCGGUUUAGUUGUUCCAAAGGCUUUUAACGCCUUAAGUAAGUGACAAGUGAAUCGCUUUGUGUCUCUUUAUCCUAAAAUAGCCGCUUGUUCCUUUUUUAUGUUGCAAGUCUGUUUGUUUGUCGACGAACAAUCAAAACCAGUAAUUGUGUUCUCAAAUAAAAGAAGCUCUGCAAAAAGCGAAUUUCAAAGCACCCCAUUCAUUCAGGUUAUUUGGGAAAAACUAGCGUCUGGAACGUUCCCUUCGUUUUUUCCUCGUUUCAUGACAAAAGUUCGUUUAAUUGCUGCAUCAUUAGGGUUACUGCCAACCAAGAGCGUACGUGGCAACUCAAGCCCCAGUCCCAGAUACGUUUGAAGAUUUCUGGCGCCUGAUAUGGGAACAGGAAUCUGCAGCUAUUGUGAUGUUAACUAGAGAGGAAGAGGCAGGAAAGGUAAGAGCUGAAAGUAUGAGUGGUAACUUCCAAGGAAGAAAGGUUAAGUCAACAAUGGGGAAACUUUUAUUAGUCGAAGCCCGUACAUAGCGCCGUGCAAUAGCGUAUGUGAGCCAUAUUUAUUACUCCCUCGUUUUAUUUAAAGUAAGCUCAACCGAAGCGAACAAACCGGCGCCAUGAGAGUCCCAUCAAUGUGCGCUGAGCGCAAGUUUCAAUUUUAUUUAGUAUGAUCGCCAUAUAAAUUCUCCACCCGCAUGUAAUUUGAAAACCGAAUUGGAAACUGCGCUCAGAAAAGACUUAAUUCGUCAUAGAGGCAUAGGGAAUUAAGCAGUUUAAGAGGACUUGCACUGCAAAUAAAUCAUCAGCCUGUCAUUCUUGAGUCAGUCAUUAAAGUGAGUUAGUCAGACAGUCAGAGAGGCCAUUCCGUUUUUCACCCAUUUAGCAGUCAGUCAUGUAUUCGGUCGGUUAGUCAGUUCGUGAGUCCGUUCAUCAGUCACUUAGUCAAUCAAGUCUGUCAAUCAGUGAGGUCAGACGGGCAAUCGUUCAGAUCAGUCAAAUCAGUCAGCUUUUCUGGUCACCCCGUCAGCCCGCCAACCAGCUAGUUCAUAUUCAGUCCGUCGGCACGUUCGCACGUCCAGAGGUCAUCUGCUAGUCAGUCAGUCAGUCAGUCGGUGAGUUAAUUAGUCAGUUAGCUCGCAAGAUUUUGAAUUCAUGUGAAAAAGGAAUUGAAUUAUGCAUACUGUUGCUUUUUUCUGUCAGGUAAAAUGUCACCAUUAUUGGCCUUCAGAGGGAUCUCGGUUGUACGGCGUCAUUCUUGUGGAGUUAAUAGAGGAAAACUCGUUUGCUGAUUACAUUACAAGGAAAUUUAAACUCACACAUACGGAGGUAUAGAAGUUCCAAAAGAUUAGAUUUUUUGUGUCUUAGUUGAUUUAUGUUAGGCGGGGGGCGGCGGUUUAUUUGUCAGGUUGAUUUGUUUCAGUAUUUAGAACCAUCUCGAUCUCUAUCUUACAGGAGAAGAACUCGCACACUGUGUGUCAGUUUCAGUACACAGACUGGCCGGACACUGGACUCCCGGACUCUGGAGUGGGAAUAGUGGAUCUGAUCGGUCAAGUGCAGAAAUGGCAGCAACAGAGUGGAAAUACAGCCAUCGUGAUACACUGCAGGUAAGAAUGAAGCAGAAUAAGGGCUACAGAAAACUGUUUACUUAUAUGCCAACCAGCUUUGAUGUUUAUGCUGCAGAAAGCUGCGAUAUUUUAGUCUUGUCUUGAAGCGUGACACAAAGUCGACUAGAUGGCUUCAUGUCCAAUUUUAAGUCUUCAAUUUCCAAAAAAUUGUUCUCGGAGUUUGAAAUCUAAGAAAUAAAAAGCAAAGUUGCGAAAUGCAAGAAUUGCCAUCUUGAUUCCCCCUACCCUGGAUCCCAGGCUUAGUCAGCAGCAUUUAAAUCGCAAACCGCAGAUAGGUCGCUAAGGUGUGAAAGUAACUACCCUUUUAGGAAAGCUUCCCCGUAUAGGCUCUAAUGGACAGUCCCAUCCCUCUCCCCUUCCCGGAAGGGAACACUAAGUUGCAAACUCCUAAGAUGAAACUUGCUUAUCUCAUUUAUGUCAUCAGUGGUGGUGUCGGCCGCACGGGCGUGUUCUGUGGGAUCAGCAUCAUGAUAGAGCGCCUCAAGGCUGAAGGAGUGAUUGACGUGUUCCAAACGGUUCAAGCUAUGAGGCUCCAGAGACCUGCCAUGGUGCAGACUGCGGUAAGACGUAAAGAUCUGUUGCAAUAA